UUUCUGUAUAAGAGGUAUACAAAAGUGGGAAUCAGGGAUCAGUCUGGAUCCUUUUAAGAAAUAAAACACUGUGGAGUUUCAGGUUGCAGACCAGGUGCUUCAAAAAUUGCCUCCCUGUAUGUCAACUAUAUUAUCGUUCUUUCGCGGGCCUUUUCUAAGCUUAAACAUAAGUAGAAACAUCCAUACAGACUGCUCAAUAUUCUUAUUUUUCAAUAUUCAAACUUAUUAGGGGCAGGACUUCUAUUACCCAUCUGGUCUAGAGAUGAAUGUAUGUUACAGCCUUCUGCAGUCAUCUGUUCACAGAUCUUUGUAAAUAAAAUUGUAUUAUUCUUGCAGCCAAAACAGAAUAAAGAAAGGGAACAGAUUUCCCCCUCUAACUGGCAGACAGAAUUAGAUAGUUCAGUUUGUUGGUAAAGAAGAAAACUGUAUUUGCAGCUACCAGGUAAUUCAGAAAGUGUUAAGACAAUAAACUGAUCUGUUUUCUUCUGUGUUGAGUGUAAUAGUGUACCUGAAUAAAGUGGCAGACCUUCCUGCUCUCAAGUGACUGUACUGCAUACUUUCAGAGAUGAGGUGAAACAAUAUGCUGAGCGUACCAUUAUUUACCCCAUGGUAAGGCUGUCUGCCUAGUUUGCUUUUUAGAAGGAAGAGAGACACAAACUGGGGACCAAAGAAUCUCUGAAUGACUAAAACCAAGUUGUGCCAUUUGACUCUCAAAAACUGUCUCCAAAUAAUGAACACAAAGAACAAUAAAAGUUAACUGUUUUAAUUGUGUGUAGCUCAUGAAAUGGCUGCUUCGUUCCAGCUGCUGCCCAAACAGCAUCAUGGGAAUUGUUUGGAAAACACAUCCCCUGGCUCAUAUCCCUGGGAGAAUUUGCAGUAUCGUCACCACUCAGGAGAUUGUCUCUUAAGAUGCUUGUCCAAACUUCAGUGCAUCCGUGGAGGAGAAAGUACACUGAGUAAGCCCCAUUACCUUGAAGAAAUGGUUCUGCUGGUGGCAAUAGCAGAAGUGCUGUUGGUUCUGGGUUUAGCUGUGGAAUCAGCCUCUCUCUGCUCACCCACAACCUUUUAUAAGAACUGCUGGAUUCGGCGCUUCCCAGGUCUUCUGAUUGACCUGCAAGAAUCACAGAAGAGGGGAGCCCAGGUGCUGAAGAUUUAUGAAGAGGUCUCACCCCAGCAGUGCAGCAGAACCUGUUGCCUUCUGAGGAAUGUUUCCUGCAAUCUGGCAGUCUUCUACCAUGGAGCCCUUCAUAAGAAUAUGAAUUGCCUGCACAUAUCUUGCCCAGCAUUGGAAAGUUGCAUACUAAAGGCUAAAAUCAAUGUCAUUUUGUACAACAUCACAACAGGGAUUGAUCCAGAUCUUCUGAUUUUUGAGAAACUGACAUCGAAAGAGCUAAAUACUCACUCUUCACCAAGUAAAUAUGAAAGGCAAAACAGCACAAAGACCACUGAGUGGGAAAGAUGCCAGCAUCAUAAUGCCACAUCAAGUUCUCUUCUGCUCCAAGCUCCAUCUUCUACCACUAGCCAUGGAUUCAUAGCAAACACUUACACCUUCAGCACAAGCCUGACAGUUCAAAACACUGAAGUUACUACUUAUUCCACUGCAGAAACUUUUCCAUCAGAUGAUCAUUUUGCUAAGAGGACAAGCACUUCAGUAAGCACUAGGUCAAUCACCACCUCUGACAAGCCUGUGCACUCAACUUUGAUAUCCAGAUCUGCUGAGGUAUUAUCCCACAUGCCCACUUCUCGUCUGAACAGCAGUAAGCAGCACUUAAAUGAAACCAAAGGCUACAGUGGUAGAAAUUAUACUUCAGAUAAUGAGGCACCUGCCUGGGAAGCUGCAGCUUUGGGUGUCUGGUUGAUUCCUAUUAUUCUUUGCUCUUCUCUCAUCUUCCUUUGCUGUUGUACUGUUGCUUUCACAGCAGGGCGUUGCAGCAAUAGGAGAGGUCAGUAUAAGCCCAUAAGGAAAAGAACAAUGUCAAGACAAUUUAUAAAAUAUACUACUGGCAAUUUGUAAGCUAUUGUCACUAUCCUUAUUUUGGAACAAAUACCUUUUGAAAAAUGGAUCGUGUAUACCAACUUAUCUCUUUUAAAGAACCAAAGGUAAUUUUCACUGAUGGUUUCAGAAUCUUUCAGUUGUAAUUUAUUUCUUAACAGAUAAAACGCAAU